AUGAAAGUGAUUCAAAAUCCAACUUAGUAUUUUUUUGAAUAGUCUAAUAAUCCACCAGAUGAAUAUCUCAAUAAGAUUAAUGCCUUCAUCGGAAAAUUGAUAAAUCAAAAAUAGUGUCUAUUAUGCAAAUAGGACUAUAACAUCAAAGAUAGAUUACCUAGAAUACUUAUUCAUUGUGGGCACACUAUAUGCACAUAAUGUCUAGGUAAUUUUUAUAGAAACAAAAGAGUUCGAUGUCCACUCUGUUUGAAAUUAGUUAAACAUCUUGAUUCAAUAGAUAGAUUACCUAUUAAUCAUACAAUCUUUACAAAGAUGGCUGAAGAGAUUAAUAAGAAGAGUAGAUUUCAUGGAGGAACUGAUGUGAUAGAUCCAUAAUAAUAUUUAUUCACAUAAUUUUAAUAAUCAGCAGUCUAAGCAUAGAAAAUAAGAUAACAACAACAAAACCAAUAUCCUUAGAUUGACCCUGAUUCAGGACUUGAAUACUGUGAAUUUCAUAAUGACAGGGUAAAACAUUUCUUUUGCAUGAAACAUAAAGUCACUUGUUGCAGAGCUUGUUCUGAAAUGAUUCAUUAAAAGAAAGAUUGCAUAGUUGUAGAUCUUUAUGAAAUUGAGGAUGUUCCAGCCUUCUUGAAUGAAGCCUACAAGUUAAAUCAAGAAAAAAAUUGUGAAAAUCAAAAUAUUGAAUUCUUACCAGGUAUUCUUUUCUUUUUAUUAGAUGAUGAUAAUAAUGUUAAUGAUGAUUAUUUAGAGGAUGAGUUUGCUCAAAAUGAAAGUCUAUAAAGCAUAUGA